AUGAAUUAUAUUUUUGGAGAAUAUUGAAAGCUAGACAAGAAAAUAACAAGCGGCUCGUUCGGAGAAGUGUUUAUAGGGAAGCAUAUAGCGACAGGCGAAGAAGUGGCCAUAAAACUUGAGCCCGUUUCAUCAGCUUACAACCAGCUCCUAAUGGAGUCAGCAAUCCUUCUAAGACUUAAAGAAGAGCCAGGAGUCCCCAAAGUGAAGUGGUACGGAACAAAUGGGCCAUUUAACGUAUUAAUCAUGGACUUGCUUGGGUACACCAUUCAAGAGCUUUUCUUCAUGUGCCAGAAGGUGUUUUCACUAAAAACAGUUUUAAUGAUCGCCGAGCAAGCUAUAUCCAGAAUUGAAAGUUUGCAUUCUUACCACUUGAUACACCGCGACAUUAAGCCGGAAAACUUUCUGAUAGGAAAAAACCAAUUUGAGAAUAUUAUCUAUCUUAUUGAUUUUGGCUUGAGCAAAAGAUAUAAAAAAUCACCCAAAAAUCACAUAAAAUACAAGCAGGGGAAGGGUUUUACUGGGAAUCAGAGAUUUUGCUCGAAUAAUGCUUUAUUAGGGAUUGAACAAAGUAGAAGGGAUGAUCUAGAAGCUUUAGGCUAUAUGCUUAUUUAUCUAUUAAGUGGGUCUUUACCAUGAGAAGGAAUCGGCAAUACAAGCCAAAUGAGAAAAGAAGAGCUAAUAAAAAGAAAAGUCUGCGCGACGGUUCAAGAGCUAUGCUUUCUAUGUCCUCCUGAAUUUUCCACAUAUAUGAGUUAUGUUAAGAUUAAGAUUAGCCGUUCGCACUUGCAGGGCCGGGGAUUUGCACCCCCACACGCUCUUCACCUAUAAGGAGCCUCGGCGGACACCCACCUUGUACCGCAAACAAUGAUUCGCACAACCAGUCUUGAUUUCCAUCGCUCCUGAAGCCUAAGGGCCAACCACCUGGGUUGAAACUCCCAGUUUCUUGUUGGAUAAAUGCCAUCUCUUGAGUCCUGCUCGAGGGAGUUAGCCUCCUCUCGGGACUGCUGCCGAUCUUGUCCUUUCCAAUGGUUGUUCUGGAGGUAAAAGCCCGAGUCCCACGGAUUAGCUCGAUAGGGCACGAAUAAAACCUAGCCCGACAUACACAAAGGAUUUCCGACUCCUUUCCACCUAAAUCCCCAAAACUGGGCCGCUGCCUGCAGGUUUUGAGGAAAUAGGGUCGAGAGGACAGAUGGCACGUCGUCGCCAUUUUUAAGUAUAUAUAUGAGUUAUGUUAAAAGUCUUGAAUUUACUGCCAAGCCUGACUACGCAUAUAUCAAGAGACUCUUUAGAGACCUUUUUAUCAGAAUGGACUAUGACUUUGACUACAAUUAUGACUGAAAAGCUGCUUGCAGUUAUAAUUCGCAUUCACCAGCGUUAACUUUAAAAAGGUCGUGGACUCAAAAUAACUUUGUAAAAGACUCUGAACAUCAAAAUGGUGAAGAAGACGGCAGACCUGAAGAAGGGACUAAUAGCUGCAUUAUUAUAUAG